UAGAAAUCGAAUAAUUUUUUUGAGGAGAAAUUCCAAAUAAAGUUUUUUACAUGAUAUGCUUGUACAAUGGAAUAAAAAAAUCUUUUUCAUCUCAUAUUUGUAUAGGAAUUGUAAAGUGAAAUUAUUAAAAUUUAAAUGAUAGAAGGUAAAAAUAAUAGAAAAACACAUAUGAAAUAGUGCGGAUUAAAUCAAGAAUAAAGGGUUAUGAUAAUAUUUAUUGACAAUGUUAACAGAAGCGAUAAUUUUAAAUGACUUUAAACACGAAUUUGAAGAUGAAAAUAAAGAUAGAAUGUCUGUUACCGAAAAAGUCGAAAAACGUGCUUCUAUGAAGCAGAGAAAAAAUUCGCACGGCAACGAUGCAAAUUUGUUGCAACGAGAAGCUGAACACCAUUAUUUAAGAGAAGAUUACGAGACGGCUUUGGACCUAUAUCACAAAGCAGGGGAUAUAUAUAGCAGUCAUAGUGUUCCUACCAAGAGGAGAACAACGUCAGCCAUAAGCUUGACAGCGGCUAAUCCGUCCUCGGCUUUACGGAAGCUUUUGCCCAUGGCAGUGCAAAACGGGGUAAAAUUGUCCGCGACCUUAAAGUCUACUGCCCCAAAGGUUGAGAAUAUUCUCAAACAAUCGACUGAUCCAUCUCGUGACUUUCCCCAAAUUCUCCAGUAUUUUGAUGAAAGAAAAAAUAGCAGAAAAUUGUCAAUGUCCAAUGAAAUAGCACAGAGAUUGUCACGUACUCAAAUGAUGCAUCAACAACUAAAAAAUCAGGCUGAUUCCAGUUUAGCUAGUCUCAAGUCAUAUUUCAAUAUUGGCGAUUUCGAGUCAACUUUAAAGACAGCGAAGGAUAUUAUUUUCCUCGCAUCGGGAUUAAAUGCACCACAUCAAUAUCUCAUUGAGGCUUAUCGUUGUUUGGCACUAAUUCACAUCUCUAAUCGAAGACACGAUCACGCUGUAAACAACGUCUCACAAAUGAUCAAUGCUUCAAGAGCAUCCGGCAAUAUAGCAUUGUUUAUCAAUUCUCUAGUGAUUUUGGGCGUUGUACACGUGAGCUUUCAUCACUAUGAUGCUUUGUCUCGCGCUUGGCAAUUUCUGUUGCCGGAAGUGAACGACAAUUUACUGCCAAAGGCAUGGUUAUUGCACGAAAUAGGUCGAUGUCAUUUUGAAUGUAAAAGAUUCACACUGGCAUUAGAAUUUUCCAUUGAAUGUGAAAAAAUAUCAAAUAGGGUAAAUUCAAAAAAAUGGUUGGGUUAUGCUAAGCUAUUGUGUGGACAAUCACUUUUAAAACUUGGUCAAUUUACUGAAGCUUUGGAAAUAUUGAAAGUGGCUCAAGUAAUCACUAAAGAGGUGAACGAUAUUUCAACUUUUGGCUAUAUUAAAAAACUUAUCAAUCAAGUGAGGGGAAUUUUAAAGCCAACCAUAGACUCAGGAGCGUCAAUCGAUUCCUCUAGGGAAAGGAGUAUUGAAAGAAAAAUUCUAAGGGAUUGCCAGCCUUUCAGUGGUACUUUAGUAGAUAAGAUGUUCAUUGACAAUGAAAUCACUAGCUCAAUAAAAAUAGAAGACGAGAAGACGAUCACUACUACUUGUACCAAUAUUGUCGAUUGUGAUCUUGAUUCUAUCACAAGUAAGAAUUCCGACGAGACAUACAUCAUUCGAAAAGACCAAUACCAAAUACCCACUCGAAAUUUCCCCUUUUCUUCAUCGCAUAGUGCCUUUUCACAACAAAAUCAACUUCUUCCUCAAAAUAAUAAUAAUAAAGUCUUUCAUCCACAAAGUGGUGACUACAUUUUUCACCAUAAAGUGUCAAUUCAAGAUUUUAAAGUUUCAAGUACUUUGGAGAAUUUAUCAGAAAUUGGUGACAUAGGAAAAAAUAGAUUCUUCGUAAAAAGUAAACAAGAUAUUUAGAGUUCAAGUAGAAAUUUUCUGUUGAGGUCGAUAAUAAUUUUUUUAUAACCUCGAAAGUUCUCUUGAUUUCUCAAGUCCUCGACAAUUAAAAAUAUAACUUGAUAUUUUAUAAUUAUUAUCUUUUGAUAGAUUCU